GCGCACCGAUCUUUCCGAUCCUGCCUUUGGAGCAGCUAGAUUGAGAACCUUGGCUACUCCAUCAGCCUGCCGCCCCUUACCUGCGAUUGCAUAUGAACUUUUCUUCCUUCUUGCACACCGUUGUCGUCGGAGUCGUCGAGAUCGUCGUGGCGCUCGCGUGAUGGCCUUCGUCCGUUUAGAGUAGUGUAGUUAGUUAGGGGCCAUCGAAGAAGAAAGAAGACGCGAAUAGUGCAGAGAUGCUGGAGGUGGUCAGUUACUAAGCUAGAGUAAGAUAGUGGAGCAAGACCAGCCAAACCUGUCCGGGGGCGCACGGUCGCCCAGAGGAGGUCGACUCGCCGGUGCUUACUAUCGCACCGAGCUCCCUCCGUCCCUCCCUCCGCCGAGGCGCGAGAUUGCGGCGCGCAGCGCAGCGCAGCGCACUGACUGCCGCGGGCUCCGCUGGGCGAUUGCAGCCGAGUCCGUUUCUCGUCUAGCUGCCGCCGCGGCGACCGUUGCCUUGUCUUCCUCCCGGACGCUUGUGGGAUAUCAUCCAAUAUCCAUGAGCAUCUAUAGGCCAACCAUCACCGUCCUUCAAAAAUAAUUAAAGGAUGGAAUUAUGAAUCCAAUCUGUUAAAUUUCCUCUUCGCAAUUUUAAACUUUGGUUGCUUAACACCGAAGCAAUCAUGGUGAACCUGAGGAAAGCGGUGCAUUCGUUCCUUGUGCACCUAAUUGGCCUACUGGUUUGGCAAUGUGAUAUUUCUGUGAGCCCUGUUGCAGCUCUAGUAACUGACAUUUUCAAUACCUCCGAUGGUGGACGCUUCAAAUUCCCAGACGGGGUACAAAACUGGCCAGCACUUUCAAUCGUCAUCAUAAUAAUCUUGACAAUAGGUGGCAACAUUCUCGUUAUCAUGGCAGUAAGCUUGGAAAAGAAACUGCACAAUGCCACCAAUUACUUCUUAAUGUCCCUAGCCAUUGCUGAUAUGCUAGUGGGACUACUUGUCAUGCCACUCUCUCUGCUUGCAAUCCUUUAUGAUUAUGUCUGGCCACUACCUAGAUAUUUGUGCCCCGUCUGGAUUUCUUUGGAUGUUUUAUUUUCUACAGCGUCCAUCAUGCACCUCUGCGCUAUCUCGCUGGAUCGGUAUGUAGCAAUACGUAAUCCUAUUGAGCAUAGCCGUUUCAAUUCGCGGACUAAGGCCAUCAUGAAGAUUGCUAUUGUUUGGGCAAUUUCGAUAGGUGUGUCCGUUCCCAUCCCAGUGAUCGGACUGAGAGAUGAAGAGAAAGUGUUCGUCAACAACACCACGUGCGUGCUGAAUGACCCAAAUUUCGUUCUCAUUGGGUCCUUCGUCGCUUUCUUCAUACCGUUGACGAUCAUGGUGAUAACGUAUUGCCUGACGAUCCACGUUCUUCGCCGUCAAGCUCUGAUGUUACUGCACGGCCACAUCGAGGAACCGCCUGGAAUAAGCCUGGACUUUCUGAAGUGCUGCAAGAGGAACACGGCCGAGGAAGAGAACUCCGCCAACCCUAACCAAGACACGAACCCACGCCGAAGAAAGAAGAAAGAGCGACGUCCAAGGGGCACCAUGCAAGCUAUCAACAACGAACGGAAAGCGUCGAAAGUCCUUGGCAUUGUUUUCUUUGUGUUUCUGGUUAUGUGGUGCCCGUUUUUCAUUACCAAUAUUCUGUCGGUUCUGUGCGGGAAGGCCUGUAACCAAAAGCUCAUGGAAAAGCUUCUGAAUGUGUUUGUUUGGAUUGGCUAUGUCUGUUCAGGAAUUAAUCCUCUGGUGUAUACGCUUUUCAACAAGAUUUACCGAAGGGCUUUCUCUAACUAUUUGCGCUGCAAUUAUAAGGCAGAAAAGAAGCCUCCCGUGAGACAGAUCCCGAGAGUCGCUGCUACUGCUUUAUCUGGGAGGGAGCUUAAUGUUAACAUUUACCGGCACACCAACGAGCCCGUGAUUAAGAAAGCUAAUGACAACGAGCCCGGUAUAGAGAUGCAAGUGGAGAAUUUGGAGCUACCAGUUAAUCCCUCCAACGUGGUUAGUGAAAGGAUCAGCAGUGUGUAAUUAGGAGUGUGUAAGCAGCACAGUCUUUUCCUAUGGUAAAGCUACAAAUGUAGGGAAAGGUCCUAGAAUUCUUCCGUCGGUUAUAACUAAUGUAAAUAUCGUCGUCUGAUAAAAAGUGUUUUGUAUAUAGCUUUGCAACCCUGUACUUUACAAUCAUGCACACAACAGUGAGAUUUAGGGUUCUAUAUUUACUGUUUAUAAUAGAUUGAGAAUAACUUAUUUUGAUUAUUUGAUGCAUAAAAUGUCAAUGUUUCUGCUUUCCCUUCCUUCCUCUUUCC